UACUACUAUAUGCUAAUGUUUAUCCAAAACUAGAUUCAUGACCUUAUUACUCUUCAUCCUUGACACAGCCGCUGGAAACAGAAAUGUCGUUUAAUCCAUCUAUAGGCGACCACAAUAUCCUGAUUUUAUGACACUGUGUAGGUGUGCACUGGUCCUCAUGGGAAACGCAGUCUUCAUUAAGGCAAAACACUACCUCCUUUGUCCACCGGCGUCGCUAAAAUCAACCAAAACUGAAAAGUUACCUAGUGUUACUUUAAUUAAGAAAAGUCUGUGCAUAGACUAGCUUAUUUACCUUUUACAUUGUAUUUUACACGAUUCAUUAUUAUUUUCAAGUGAUCUCUUGUAUCCCUGAUAGCACCUUAAUUAAGGAGAGGUGGCAACUAGUACAGGGGAUGCCCAGCAGGGGGAGGGACAGUUGCCUUUCAUACUGAAUGUUUGGUGAUGAUUUCUUGUGCAUUCUCUUGUUGGCACUCGAAAAGUAAAGGUGUGUUUAUAUCCAACACUGAGUUUCCGUUAAUUUGGUUCGAUUUAAAAAAAAAAAAAAAAAAAAAACGCGCACCGCUACAAGUGGAUUAUCCGAGGUGAUUUUGAGACAUGUCGCAUCUUUGGUUUUGGGGAGAGAGCGCCAGUGGCCAAUUUGGUCCACUUUCAUCCUCGAUUCCAGUGUCGUGGACCGUCCCAGGUGUCGUGACCAACAUUUGCUGCGGAGAACAGCAUAUUUUGUUUCUUCUUAAGGAUGGAGUUGUCACUUCUCACGGAGACGACUCGAGCAAACAGCUUGGACGAAAGGUUUUCAAGAACGUAAAAACCUCAGGCCGUGUGGAGGGCCUGGCUGAGGUGGUGAGCGUGGCUUGUGGUCAGGACCAUUCUCUGGCCCUGUCUUCAUCUGGACAAGUCUACUCCUGGGGGGGUGAUUCCAAGGAUGGAGUACUUGGGUUAUUGCCCGGUACGGCUUACCAUACUCAAAGUGCGAGUCCAGUGCACAUGCCAACGCCAAUCCCAGUGAUUCAGGUUGCUUGUGGAAACUCCCACUGCUCGGCAUUGACCAAAGGAGGUGACGUGUACUCAUGGGGUUCAAACAGUCAUGGUCAACUGGGUUUGGGGAGACAGAUUACUCUGCAGUAUACACCUCACCACGUGCACGCACUCAAUGGCAUCCCAGUAACUCAAAUUUCUGCCGGAGCGGCUCAUGUGCUAUUCCUCACCUUGUCAGGCCUGGUGUACUGCUGUGGGGCCAAUGAACAUGGUCAACUGGGCGUUAACAGGAUUGAUGACAAAGGGAGAUUCAACAUCUGUGUCGUUCCUGCUCUUCGUCUUCUAAGUGUUUCCUUCAUUGCAUGUGGAGAAGCUCACACGGCUGUUUUAACAAAGGAGGGCAAAGUUUAUACAUUUGGAGAGGGAGCUCAUGGUCAGCUAGGUCACGGCUCUUCUGCGAAUGAACUGAUGCCAAAACUAGUUGAUGGGAUAACUGAAGGUGCCUCACAGGUAGCGUGUGGCAGAAGUCACACCCUUGUUUUGGGAUCCUCUGGCGACAUUUGGGCUUUUGGCAAUGGGGUGAAGGGUCAAAUUGGGAUCGGGACACUGGAAAGCAGUCUGGUCCCCACACGAGUGCAACUUCCAUGGAACUCUGACAGAGCAACAGUCGCACCAACAGACUUGAAAAUCGCAGCAAGUUGGAAUGCAAGCUUUGCUUUCACUUUAACACAGAGUGGACAGCAACAACAGAUAACUGGAAGAUUGGAUGAGGAAAAACUACAAAAAUGGCUGGCAUUGAAAAACAGCAAUCCAGAGACUGAGAGAGAAAUCUUUGAAAUGUUUUACACAUGUUCCAGCCUUGUUGCAAGUUUUACCAAAAACACUGGGCUGUCACUAAAAGCAGAUGCAUUAAAUGUGGAUCUUGAGGCUGCUAGCCAAACUUUCACCAAGAUGCUAGCAGUGCCGUGGAUCCAGAAAAAGGUGGACUUGACAGGAUUGAUGAAUAUGCUUGUCAAAUGGCGCUGCGCCCUUAAAUCCCCAGAGAUCAUUGUGGUCCUGCUUUCGUGCCCACUCCUCCAUGAGGCCGCAGUGGUUCUGUCCAUUGUCAUGCCUUUAGCGGUGGCUAUUCAAGACAUGAACGAGAGGACUCAGACAACACUAAAAGGCUGGUGGUCCUCCAUGACAGCCGACAUGCUGUUGCAACAAAUCUUGGUGUUAAAAAAUGCGUUGCAUUUUGCGGUCAAAAAUCGUCUCAUGGGAAGUCAUAGACCAGGCAUCAAAGCCCUGCUGGAGGUCCUCAAGCUCCUUUACAAAGUAAACAAAAGAGGAAAGUCCUACAAAGUCCCACCGAGCACCUUUUAUGUUGACAUCAUUGAGGAAAUAUUGCUUGAGGAUGUCUCUCUAUGGCGUGCAUUUUCUAAAAUCGAGGAUGAUGUCAACACACCUGUCAUCUUUUGUCAGUACCCCUUUGUGCUUAAUUUGUUCUGCAAGGACGCGGUUUUUGGGUUGAUUGCAUUCAUGACAAAGGAUGCUCACCAUCUCGCAAUGGGAAAAUCAGGGCCGCCAUAUUUUGUGCUUACUUUGAGACCCAGUCACCUGCUUGAGGACACCUUCAGACAACUGGCUGCAGCAGAUGACAUUACCUUCACAAAAGAACUGGUGGUGCAGUUUUCGGAUGACAGGAGGGUGAUGAAUGUCAACAAGAGAGACCUCUUCCUCCAUGUCUUUGAUGAGCUGAUGGAACCACAGUCCAACUGGUUCAUGUACAACGAGAGUAAGACGCUGGCCUGGUUCCCCCCUAAGCCAAAGGUGGGGGAGAACAUGUACUACAUGUUUGGACUUCUGUGCGGGCUGGCUCUGCAGAACCACAACAUGAUCUAUCUGCCCGUCCCGCUCGUUCUUUUUAAGAAGUUGCUUGGCGUCAAGCCCUCACUGGAUGACAUGAAGGAAUUUGAACCUACAAUUGGAGAGGCAUUACGAUGCAUCCUAGAGGACUAUACCGCGGAUGUCCUCAAAGAGAUGGAGACUACUUUUACCGUGAGUUGGGGUGGUGAUAAAGUUGAGCUGGAUUCCGAAGACCCUGAAAAGCUUGUCACAGAUUCCAACAAGAAAGAGUUUGUGGGGGCCUAUGUCAAUUACGCCUUUAACAAAUCAGUGGAGAGAACCUUCGAGGCAUUUAAGAAAGGCUUCUUUAAGGUUUGUGAGGCGGACGUGGUGGCGUUGUUUCAACCAGAGGACCUGCAGAUGGUGAUGGUGGGAAAUGAAAACUACGACUGGGAUGCAUUCAAGCAGAACACCAUAUAUGAAGGAGAGUAUCAUGCUGCCCACCCAAAUAUUGUUAUCUUUUGGGAGGUGUUCGACCAACUAUCAGAGGAAGAAAAAAGGAAAUUCCUGUGUUUUCUUACGGGUUGUGACCGCGUGCCUUUCACGGGAAUGAGCAGCAUCAAGAUGAAAGUGGCCAUCUUGCCCGACUCCACGGAUCUCCAUUUCCCAGAAGCCAUCACCUGCCACUUCCUUCUGCUGCUUCCCUUAUACCAGCGGUACCCAAUUGGAAGGCAAAUGCACAACAGGCUCGUUAGUGCCAUCAAUCACAGCCGCGGCUUUACCAAGACACUGAACACAAAACGCUGAGGAAAGCUUACUUUCCAUGCAGUCUCGACAAGGCUGCUGUAUUCUGAUAAAAUUGGCUGCGCACCUAUUUCUGUCAAUUCGUCUAUCUUUGUGUUGUGCCAGCCAAGUGUGCCAGCUUGUUGUUGUUGUAAUAUUAGAUAGUAUGUGUUCUUGGCUGGAUGGCAGUGCUUCACUGUGUAAAGUUAGAAUCAGCUAUGCUAAGUUGCCUGUUUUAAUGGUGUGUUACCUUGAAAAUGUUACGAUUAAAAUUCUAAAUCGACAUUGAAGCGCAUAUUUUUUCAGUAGUGGAAGUUCCCUAAGAUAUUUUCUUUCAAAAGUGCCUAUAACCAGUUUCUUUUGUGCCAAAAAGCCGACAGUGGUCUCAAUAUUAUAUUAAACGGGAAAUUCAGAAUUUUUGACAUUAGGCUUAAUCUUCGAGUUCGCGUGGUUUUAAUUAGUCGGUGGAGUGUAUUCCGACAAAUUCCAUGCAGUUUGUUAGUUAUUUGUCAGUUUCAGGACUCCGGACUGACUAAGCUAGCGCGACUGAAUAGUACAAUCUUAGCUUGUGUUAUGUACUCAUAUUUAUACGAUCACUUGUAUGCAUUAUGUAGCCAUUUUUAUUCUUAGCAAAAGCAAUCAUGCAUUCACAUUUUGGCUAAUUUACACAUAUACCAUUUGGUGUCAUAAGAGUAAGCUCACUUAUCUCAAUCUCUUGAAGAACACAAAGGUUGUUAAAGGGCAACUGAAGAGAUUUUCGGAUUUCGUUCUUGAGUGUUUUACUCGGUUGAAUUGUAUGAAAUACAUCAUUCGCUGUCUCAAAAAGUCACAUUAAAAAAAAUAAUAAUAAUUGGCCGCGUAGUUUUUGAGUUAUGGCCAGAGCAACACCAUAGCAACGAGGGACGCGACACCCUGCCGACCGCUACCUGAUGACGUAACUUCCAGGGAGCCUCGCCACAACUCUGAACACGGAAAUAUAGCACCACGCUAUCCUCGCCAUAUAUUGCAAACAUUUUCAGGGUUUUACUCGCGAGAUUUGUCAUGCCAUCUCAAUGUGUAGUGAUGAAUUGCUCAUAAGAAGACUCGAGACUCUAUUACCCCUUUCCCACUGACCAAAAAACCCAUGUCAACCCACUAACAAUCGGCUUUUGGUGACAGUGGGAAAGUUGCAGCGACCCGCCUCGACCCGUGUCGAUCAACCCGCCAAGCGACCUGUGUUAAAAUAACCUCGGCUCUGAUCGUCAUGCAGUGUGAAAGCAAAACCCCGGGUCAACAGUCAACACCCUAAUCUACGUGCACGCAACGUCUUCAAAGCACGCGUCCAUUUAAACUAGUGGCAUGCAUGCGCUUUUAUGCACUUCCCUUUCUCACCAUUCCCACACGCUUCCACGGGGGUACUAAAUUCAGUCUAAAUAAGCUUGUAGCUCCCCCUGUUGGCCGGAGUCAACAUUCAGCCUGCAUGCCGGUUCACAUGAUACGCCCCAUUACAUUUAUAUGGUUUAGCGAUAGCACUCUCACUACAUACAUAUAUAAUACGUAAUAAAUACGAAGUGCGAUAGCACUACUCCAGAUUGUCCCUAGUUUAAUUUAUUUUUUGGCUUUUGACCUCAAUAGUUAAAUUGUAAAUUAAUUGUAUGACACUGUCUGACUAUCCCCUUAUAAUUAUAUAUUUUCAGGUAGUUCAUUCACAACGUCUGAGUGCAUGUUGUCGGCGAUUAGCCUAGCAAUGAUCUUAAUUGUGGUUGUCAGCCCAAAACCCUCUAAAUAUAUAUUAAAUGCAUCUUACCAGAUAUAAAAUGACUACUACAUAAUCUGUGGUAGUCGUUUGGAGCCCAGUUUUCUCGUCGAAUUGCAGCAGUCAAUCUCAGUCUCCUCUCCGGGUCUCUCGGAAUACAGUAAAACUUCAAGUCUCUCCGUCUAUCUUCUCUGUUUUUGCAACCGACCGCCACACAUGACUUCACCAUUUUGAUUAUUAAUGUUAACGAGCAGAAAAACACGCCAUAAUAGGAGGAAUUUACGAAGCGCUAAUGCAUUAACAUGACGAGUAUACGGACAACAUGGCGCGGUGGCGUGGCAGGGACGUCACCUGAGUAGGGUUUAUAU